CCGCAUUGCAAUUGCCUGUCUAUCACCUUGGCGCAGCACGAACCCCUCUCAAAGUAACGCAGACUUUCUUAUCGUGGUGCAUCUCCGACGUGACCUUCGGAACCGGGAUUGUGCGUACCCCACAACUAUCUCUGGCGCCAUACCGGCCAUGAAUGAUAAAAGCAUUCCAACGCUCAUAUCUACUGCCUUGGGCCGUUUCCAAACAUAACUCGUGACACCAACCUUCGAGGCAUCAAUCCUCAACAUCUACAAAGGAACUUGAUGUGAGAGGUCACCGUAAUGAAGCCCUUCUCAUCAGCAGCUCUCAUCUGCGCCCUCGCCUCAUCGGCCUGGGCCGCAUCCUACACCGAAUCUCUCCUUAGCCUGCACAAGACCCUCGUCGAAGCCGACUCGACAACCAAAUCCGAAGCCCUCGGAACGCAGGUUCUCAAAGACUACCUCGAGACAAACUUCACAGUCGAGCUUCAGACAGUCGAAGGAACCCGCCAAAACGUCUUCGCCUACCCCGGCACCGCUCGCGAAGCCCGCGUCCUCGUCACAUCGCACUUUGACACCGUACCGCCAUAUAUCCCGUACUCCCGCUCCGGCGAUGAGAUUCGCGGUCGUGGAACUUCUGAUGCGAAAGGAAGUGUUGCAGCGCAGAUUAUUGCUGUGGAGGAGCUCCUCGCAAGCGGGGAGAUUGUUGAGGGCGAUGUCGCGCUGCUAUACGUCGUCGGCGAGGAAUCUGGAGGCGAUGGAAUGGGUGCCGCGAAUGAGCUGGGCUUGACUUGGGAAUCUGUCAUCUUUGGCGAGCCGACGGAGAAUACCCUCGUCCGGGCGCAUAAGGGUGUGCUGGGAUUCAAUAUCACAGCCGACGGCGUCGCGGGCCAUUCUGGGUAUCCCGAGUACGGCCGGAGCGCAAUUGACCUACUCGUGCGCGCUUUAGACAAGAUUCAGGAUACGAAGUUGCCGUGGACGGAGGAGUUUGGGAAUACCACGUUGAAUGUGGGCUUGAUUGAGGGCGGGGUCGCGACGAAUGUGAUUCCGGAGAGCGCGUCCGGGAGGGCGUCAAUUCGAGCUGCGACGGAGGAUUUGCAGGGGAUUCAGGAUGUUUUGCAAAAGGCUGUGUCGGAGGUGACGCCCGAGUAUGUCAACUUGACGUUUACUGGGUUUGGUUUGCCAGUGAGUUUGGAUUAUGAUGUUGAAGGCUUCAACACCACCGUGGUGAACUAUUACACGGAUGUGCCGCGCCUGAACGGAACCCACAAGCGUUACUUGUACGGACCUGGGACCAUUCUAGUUGCUCACUCGGCUGAUGAGCGCAUCACUGUUCAGGAUCUCGAGCUUGCUGUGGAGGACUACAAGAAGCUGAUUCUUGCUGCCUUGAAGUGA